GGCUUUGUUCCCGGCUCUCCCGGACUUGUGUUCGCACUCUCGGGAAGAUGGGCCUCUGACCGCGUGCGCGCACGUCGCUCUUCGCGCGGCCGUGAACUCACAAAACUGUGCGGGAUUGCACGUAGUAGCCCUCCCUUUGAGCCAUGGCCAAGUCCCAAGGGAGGUGCUCUCCGAGGGCCCCUUUCCCCCCCGGCCUGAACCCCUGAGGCAGUUUCAAGUCCUGAAACUAGUCCCUAUGCUCCACCCUAACACCAGGGGUUGGAGGCCCACAAAGCUGUUGUGCUCUGCCCAGCAAGGGCGGGGCUGAGGAACUCUUAGACCCCGCAGGAUUGCACCCAGUCCUCAUAGACUCCAGUCUUGUGGGUGAGGGCGAGCAUCCCAUGUAUGCCGUCAUAAAUUAUGCCCAGCUCCAGCCCCCAGGAAUGGACCUCGUGGACCCGGACAUCUUUAAUAGGGAUCCCCGGGACCACUAUGACCUGCUGCAGCGACUGGGUGGCGGCACUUAUGGGGAAGUCUUCAAGGCUCGAGACAAGGUGAAAGGGGACCUGGUGGCAUUGAAGAUGGUGAAGAUGGAGCCUGACGACGAUGUUUCCACACUUCAGAAGGAAAUCCACAUUUUGAAAACUUGCCGGCACGCCAACAUCGUGGCCUACCAUGGGAGUUAUCUCUGGUGAUAAGCCUCAGACCUGCCCUAGGACCCAGCCCAGCCCUUACCCCAGAACUCCCAUUUCUGACCAGAGUACUCCCUAACCUGACCUCCAAUCCUGGGCCCCCAGUUUAACUGGGGCAUCCCUAACUUGAUCCCCAGUCCAAACUCCCACUUUUCUGACCAGAAUACCCCCUAAUAUA